UAUCUGACAGGCCUCCAGUCAUGACUCUACUUCUCAUUACCACACUGCUGCUCUCAGGUCUGGUCAGUCUCUCCUCCUCUGUGCCACGUCAGUUCCAUGUGGUGAAGGAGCAGAAGAACUGGACAGAAGCUCAGCAGUACUGCAGAGAGAAGUUCACUGACCUCGCCACCAUAGACGACAUGACAGAGAUGGAGAAGGUGAAGAGCAAGAUCCAUGAAGCAGGUGCUGGAGAUGCCUGGAUUGGGCUGAAGAGGGGAGACUGGCAGUGGUCUCUGGCUGACAGGGAUUUCUACAGAGAGAAUGAAGCAGAGUUCAGGAACUGGUAUCCAGGUGAACCCAGUGGAGGUGCUGGUGAAGAGUGUGUGUAUAUGAGGAAUAAUGGAAGAUGGUUUGAUUACUGGUGUCGCUACAGCGCUCCCUUCAUCUGCUAUGAUGGGGGAGACUCCACACAUCCCUAUGUGGUGGUUACUGAGGGGAAGAACUGGACAGAUGCUCAGAGAUACUGCAGAGAGAAACACACAGACCUGGCCAGUAGCUGCCUGGUCAGAUGGCAGCAGCUCCUCAUUCCGCUACUGGAACUCUGGAGAACCCAAUAA